GUAACAUUUGGUAUCAGAGCCGGCCGAUCCUACAACAAUGACGGUUUGUGAAAAACCACUUGAUUCGUUGCUGGAGGAGAUGGCGCAAGAGACAGCAAGGACAAGGCAGGAGAUGCGUGAGAGUUUUGCGGCCCUCAUCGCAAGGUUCGAUCGAUUUCUUGGACGACGACCAUAUAUGGAGAUUGGUGAAUCCGCCGCCAAUGGGAACAAGCGUGUAGAAGGCCAAGUAGCCACCAAGUUCGCCGUGAAAGGAUUGAAGGCCGAGCAGCCCGCUGCCGGACCUUCACCUGACCCUCCGGCGCUGGCAAGGGAGAAAUCGGCGCGGUUGGCAAAAGUGGCGCACCCAACAAACCCCGCCACUGCGGCUGUCCUAGUUGAGGCACGGUACGAAGCUGCCUUGCCGCAAGUCACCGCCACAGCCCUGAGCAUCACCGCUAUGCAUGAGGCCGAAGAGGAAGACGAAGGCCAUCUGAAGAUCGGUGAAACUACAAUAAACGUGAAAGAAAUUUGGGAAGCAGCAGCUUCUGAGGGUAAUAUAUCAAUUGCCAAUUGUCAUGGUCAUUCAACUGUAGUUCGUUGUCCAUCUCAAGAAAGGCAAGAGGAGCUACACCAAGAGCAUGAAACCAGUAGCAAAGGCGUUGCUUGCAAGCUCAUGGUCCCUAAAAUAGAAAAGGCAUAUGGACAAAAGGCUAUUGGGAAGCUUGAUGAUUAUCAAAGAUGGGGAAACACCACACCAAAUCAUGUUACCCAGGGGGUUUCUCUUUGGGGUCCUCGCCAUGUGUUCAAUGGCCCACCAUUAUCAAUAUUGGAAGAAAAGGAUCCUUGGUUGCAAGAAGAAAUUUUUGGCAAAAGGUCUCAAUGGUGGUGGCUAAUUCUCCAUGGAGAUCCAGGUUGAAGAAGAUUAAUUAAAGGAACACGUUAGUGUUAAGGAGGCCGGCUUUGCCUCGAAGAAGCCAUUCUCAACUCUUCUUCCCUUCUCUUCGUUUCCCUCUUUCUCUUUUUCUUAACCCCUCUGUUCCAUUCUUACAAAACAGAGUCCCAAAUCCCUCUUGAAACCCAUCGAGAAGAAAGGCACACAACAUCGUCACAGUCGGAGAUUCUUUGCCUCUGUCGACGGCGGUUUCCUUUCCUUCCAUCUCUCCCCGUCUGAAACUUCUCCUUCGACGCUCUCUUGUCGCCAGCGGUAGCAAACUGUGGCCAAGGUGAAGCUGGGCGGCGGCAAUCAAGAUGGUUCAACUAU